AUGGCCGAGAUACCCACUCAACCCCCGUCUCGUUCACUAAAAGACAAAGUCGCCAUCGUCACAGGCGCUGGCUGCUUUGGAGACGGUAUUGGCAAUGGUAGAGCCAUAUCGAUCAUGUUGGCCAACGAGGGCUGCAAUGUGAUAUGCCUUGAUAUGGAUCUAGAAUGGGCAACAAAGACGGCUGAUAUGGCCAACCAGAGCGCAGCUUCCAAGGCCAUACCGGCACAAGGAAAUGUCACAGAUGCAAGCGAUUGCGAAAAGGCCGUUGCCCUUGCAUUGAAGGAAUUUGGCCGUCUGGAUAUUCUCGUCAACAAUGUCGGCAUAGCUGGAGCUUCAGGGACAGCCGUUGAUGUGGAUAUGGCCAAGUGGACGAUGGGUCUUGAGGUUAACGUUUCAAGCAUGGUUUUGAUGGCAAAGUUCGCCAUACCAGCAAUGGCCAAGAAUGAUGGUGAGAUCAAAGGAUCCAUCGUCAAUAUGGGGAGUGUAGCCGGCUUAAAAGGCGGUACACCUCAUCUCUUGUAUCCAACUGCAAAGGGGGCUGUCGUCAAUAUGACGAGAGCCAUGGCGGCUCACCACGCCAAAGACGGCAUCAGAGUGAACUGUGUCUGUCCCGGAAUGCUUUAUACACCAAUGAUGUACGCAAAGGGUAUGUCAGAAGAAGCCAGGGAAGCGAGAAAAGCAAGGAGUUUACUUGGAACUGAGGGUACAGCUUGGGAUGCUGCAUGUGCUGUUGUGUUUCUGGCGAGUAACCAUGCAAGGUGGAUUACGGGAGCUAUUCUGCCAGUUGAUGCUGGGACAACCGCUGCUGUUGGAACUAGCUUGCCUGCUGGCGCAAGCGUUAAUGGUUGA